CCAGAACAGAGCACAACCCAGAAGCCUCUCUCUUUCUCAAACCCAUCUGUUAUUGAUUGAGCUCCAAGGCAAUUAAGUAAAGCUCCCUACUUUCUGGAACGAUUUGGUUAUCCUUUUUCUCGAUCCCAUUCACGGGAAGCUUCCUUCUAUCUCAACUCAAGCUACAAGGAUCUAGUUCAAAGCUAAAGCUACUGGCUUUUUACUUCUUACCAUUGUCAGCAGAAUCACCCUUUUCCUAUCUUCUUUCUCUGUUUCUCUUACCGGGUUGCUGGUUAAUAGAAGGGAUGCUGGUGGGUGUUUUCUUCUUAGUUGACAAGUGUCUUGGAGAGGGGAAGGGAAUGUAAGGUUUUGAUUUGUUUGUGAGGGGAUAUAUCUUCUCGUUUUCCUAAGAGGGAUUCCGAUUUUGUUGGUACCCUUUUGGUGAAGUGCUUCUUACUUUAACUGGGUUAUCUUUGUUGGAUCUCUUUAUUUGAGCUCCGAUUUGCUUGAGAGACAAUUUUGCCAGGUUUGAGACAAGGUUUAUCUAACGCAUACAAGCUGUUCGAUCCUUUGCCUGACUGAAGGAUCGAACAUGGCAAUGGAAGACGGUAAGGAUCACGGGAGACUUAAUCCAACUACUAGGCCCUUGCCAUUGAGACUCCUCCAGUUUCUCGUGCUCUUUUUGGCAUUUGGGCUUGGGAUUUCAGUUCUCACCAUGUUCAUGACUCAGUAUUUCGGAGCUCAAUCUUUACCUGCUGCUAUUGCAAGGCAAAAAGUUGUGGUGCCAUCUCCUUUAGGUUUGCCUAGCCUCAGAGAAGAAACGCCGUAUUCACUAGAGAGGUGGAUUAGGCCUCCAGUGAAUUUGAUGCAUAGGAUGAAUGACAGCGAGUUGUUGUGGCGUGCUUCCUUCGUUCCCCGAAUCAAAGAGUAUCCUUUCAAGAGGGUGCCAAAGAUUGCGUUCAUGUUCUUGACAAAGGGCCCAUUGCCCUUGGCGCCUCUUUGGGAGAAGUUUUUCAAUGGGCAGGAAGGUCUUUAUUCUAUCUAUGUGCAUGCCUUGCCACAUUAUGUGUCCAACUUCUCGACAUCAUCAGUGUUCUACAAGAGACAAAUCCCAAGUCAGGCAGUAGAGUGGGGUAGAAUGAGCAUGUGUGAAGCUGAGAGAAGGCUCCUAGCAAAUGCCCUGCUUGAUAUCUCCAACGAGUGGUUCGUCCUAGUAUCCGAGGCAUGCAUCCCUCUCCAAAACUUCAGCAUCGUAUAUCGCUACAUAUCUAGAUCACGGUACAGCUUCAUGGGCUCAGUCGACGAGCAAGGUCAAUAUGGGAGAGGACGCUACAACCCUAACAUGGAGCCCGAGGUGACGCUCGACCAAUGGCGUAAAGGUUCUCAAUGGUUCGAGGUGAACCGCAAGCUCGCCCUCCACAUAGUAUCAGACACCAAGUACUACCCCAAGUUCAGAGACUUCUGUCGGCCAGCUUGUUAUGCCGACGAGCAUUACUACCCUACGAUGCUGGGUAUCGUUGUGCCACACCUGUUGGCCAACAGGACGCUGACUUGGACGGACUGGUCACGAGGCGGACCCCAUCCAGCUACAUUCGGGAAGUCCGACAUCACCGAGGACUUCCUCAGGAAACGGUUUGAAGCACAGCAACAGCCAUGUCUAUAUAACACCCAGCCAACGACUUUGUGCUUUCUUUUUGCCAGGAAGUUUGCUCCAAGUGCUUUGGAACCUCUGUUGAACUUGUCAUUCAAAGUUUUUGGUUACUGAUGAUACAAGAGUCCUGUGGUUAGUUUAGUUAUCAGACCAGCCUAUAUGAACUAUUCUAAUUAUAGAGAACUAAACCGAAUUAUGCUUUUGGAUUUUGGGGCUUAUAGGGGUUUUCCUCUGUUCCUUGGUGAUGUUAUAGCGAAGUCACUGUAUAGAAUUGGUGUACCUCUGCCCCAAAGUGAGGUGCUUACAUACAACUUAUUAGUUUAGAACAGAUUUAUUAUCUUCCAUCUGCAGGAUUUCUGUUUUGACCUUUGAACAGACUAUUCUCGGGUUCAUCUGCAGGUUCUGCUUUUUAACAUAAUAUUUGUGUUAAGUACUUCUUAAAAUAUCAUAUUCGUGGUAAUAACUUUUAAGAUUGUCG